UUACGCAUCAUUGCGAGAAUCAAUAUAUUGUACAGCGUCAGCUGCUGAAUAAUUUCUUAUACAGUGGCAGGCUUGCAGGAGUACCGGAGAGCGUGAAACCAAUAUUCUACUUGAUAAAAGAUGGAUUUUAGAAGAUAUGCUCUCUUAAGCGUAGCCUGCAUUGCCGUUCUGCAGACAGCACACGCGGGCUGUAAGGAGGACACAGAGAAUUCUGAUGAGUUUAAGGAAUGUAUGCAGACAUACUCAACGUACUUGGCAAAUGUUGGUGAGUCUGGCGACCAGAGCCAAAUUCUCGUCGCGUUUUGCAGCCCUGAAGGACAAGCUGCCACAUCAUGUAUGAAGCCAUUCAUUGAAAAAUGUGGUGAUCUGUUGACUAAUAACAUGCUGAGUAUGUUUGGUGUGAUUAAACAAAUGGGCGGAUGUGCAGUCGCAGGUGGAGGAAGUGGAGGAAUGGGAGGAAGUGGAGAAUGUUCAACCGCUUCUCAAGAAUGUAUGAGUAUCAGUAUGGGAGAUGCUAGCGAAGAACCGGACAUGGCCGAAGCUCCAACAGAGUUUAACAAGUUCCAAGAGCAGAUAAAAACGAUUUGUGGUCAAGUCAAGAAACAGUUUGAUUGUUUGAAAAAAUACGAGGAAAAGUGUCCAGAUCUAGAGGGUCAAUUUAAGCAAAUGAUGGAACUUGGACGACAACAGAGCACUCCAGGCGAACCUUUCCCUGAAUUCGAUGAUCAGAAGAAUUUCGUCAUGGAUGAAUGUCCCAAGUUUCCAAAAGAUUUUACUACAAGCACAUGCGUAAAAGAUAAUCUUAACAAGAAAGAAUUUAUUGACUGUUACAAAAAUGCAACAAAGCAGAGCGGAGAGCAAAUGAGCUGCGAUGCUUACAAGGCCGCGUUUCCCUGUGUGACGACAGCGCUUAAAAGCUGCGGGGAUAAAUAUACGAGUUCAUUUACGGCAACAACAAACUUCUACCUGGCCGCUACAUUUGACGACUGCAAAGUUGUAGUAAAGAAAGAAACAAGUGGUGCCAAUGUUUAUACCUCUUCAUUUUCUACUCUUCUUAUCGGCCUUUUCUUGACAUUAUCUACUUUAGUUGUACUUUAGAUGAGAUUUAUUUUGGUCCAACCUACAAACUGUAAAAUGAAUCAUACAAAAGAGCAUUAUACCAAUUUCUUUCAGAAAUAACUUGAAAAUAAUAUACAAUGACUCGGUGAAACAGCUUUUUUUUUUGUUGUAUGAAACAUGGUAGGAAAAUGUAUUUUAUACAUAAACUUCAAAAAGUAAGUUAUUUAAGAUAUAUUGUGUUCAAAAAUAUUUUUUUAUAAAAUCGGCUUCGGUAAUAGUUUCGAUUUAAACAAUGUAGAUAAUACAAAGCAGAAUAAAACCAAUGAAGGGCGUGAAUUAAUAAAACCAACUAAAUACAUGUUUGAUUCCAACAGUGGAGAUCUAUCUUUCAUUAAAAAACUUAACAAAAUAUACUAAGCUUCUGAUAAAUGUUAGCUGAUUGUUCAUAUAUACUGCAGAAUUCUAUCAAUAUCUGUUUGUUUUAAAAGAAUGGUAGUAAAAUCUGUGAAGCCGUAUUUCAUUUUUACGCAUUUUUUUCCCUUUUUAGACUAAUUUCUUCACACAGUUGGGAUAAAUAUUAAAACUGUAGUCCUUGAUAUUGAUGUUGAACUGAUCAGUUUUUCUUACAAGCAUCGGAGAUUCUUAAAUUGCUUAAACUUGACUUGCAUGGGAAAAACGCGAGUUCUAUAUAUAAUAUGCCUAAAAUUGAAAAGACUACGUAUCUUCUGGGUUAUUUUAUUGUGGCUGGAGUAGAAAAUAAUGAGUAUUUAUUGGAGUGAGAGAAGAUGAAGAUAGACUGGUCACUGGCGAGAGCAGGAUAAAAUAAGAAUAACAAGCUUCUACUUUAUUACGUCUGUGUUUCAACGUACACUGUAUUUUAAAAUCAGACAUGUUAAAGCUCGGUGAACUAAUACAGAGGUCACGAUUUCAAUCCCUGGAAGAGAUAGACAUUGUCAGUGAAUUUUACCAGUUUAGGUCUUCUUUUUUUUCAUUUUCAAAUCUUGUAGGUAACAGUUGUGAUGCGUUGAAUAAUUCUGCUAAAUUCAGAAACAUUAUGUUAACCGACUGCCGGACAUACUGUCGAAUCUUUAUAGAAUGUAUAGAGCAAGGCUUGUAAUCUAUUUCGGCGCUUACGUAAGACUCAGUUCCGCAACUGAUAGUACCUCAAAUACGGCUUGGUCAAGUUUUUUUCUUACUCAUACAAUUUCAUUAAGUAUAAUAAAUUAUAUAUGUACGUCCAACUAGUGUUUUCGGCGGUGUAUGAUAAACGCCUUGUAGGAACAACAAAUGGCACUAUUAUCGUGUAAAACCAAAAAGACAACCUAAAUACCCUGUCAACUAAGUGCUGUGUAUAUUGUAUCUCAGGUAGACCAUGAGAAAGCCUUUACGUUUAUAAUGAGGCAAGCCGUUCGAGAAAAAAAAAUCUGAGUAAGGUCAUGUAUUUUUACGUUAUGGUGGUAUUUUGGUGAUUUAAGCUGUUGUUAUCAAUUAGUUUUUUGUGUGGCGGGUGGUUUGUCGUAAAUUUUACACUUAGGUCGCUCGGGAAACCGAUACAACGUUCAUGUUACAGACAAGACGUCAGUACUACAUAAAAAGUUACGUUGACACUGUAUCAGUUGCCAGAUAGUGACUGUGUAUCUGAUGAGCCAGCCAAACGUCUAAGCUACAAAUCACGUGAAAUCCAUGCACGUGCAUAUAAUCGCGUAGCACAAAAAAACGAGGGCUUUCUUAAAUCAACGUACAUGGUAUUUACGUCCAUAUUGCUGUACAUAGAAACUAAGAAGUCUGUGAAUUUCUUUUUUUGCGUGCGCAUUUCGGCUGUAUUUUUAAACGCUAAUGUUUGAAUGUCACUUCAAUACUUAGGAUCGUGAAGGAAGCGAUAUAGACUUCUAUUCGAAAUAUCCUCCGUCUUUCAAGUGUUCUAAUCUGACAUCAUGCAUUAAGUGUUUAAAUUUUGUCAUGCUUGAAUUACUCUAUAUAAGAUCUGUAUUUAUGUGUUUAUGUAUAAAUAUUGUUGAUACUUAAUCUUACUGCUUCAGCAUGUUGUAACGUAAUCGUUUUAGCGUAAUAGUACUAGAAAUGCAAAUUCGAUAAAAAAAGAACUCAGCGGGAUGCUGUAUUUAUUGAUAACAGAAAACAGAUGUAUACAAAAUACAUGUAUGAUGCUUAUAAGUUUAUCCUAUUAUUUUGUACUUAGAACGACGUCUGGUUGUUAAAAAGUACCUCCUUUUAUACAAC